AUGCCUGUGCAGUGUGGUAUUGCACUCAGGAUGCAAUGGCUUGGUAAAAUGGUUGGAUGUGAGACUCAACAGUACCACCUACAAUGUGUUGCAUUGGAGAUAGCCCCACGAAAUUGGGUAUGUGAAGCAAGAGGACUCAGAUCCACCGAUCCAGUACGUUGA